UACAGGAUCCAAAUCCUCCUCGAGGAUGGAACGAAACGAAGUGAUUAGGCCGCUUAAUCAAAUCGAUUAAGCAAACCACUUCCCUUCCGCGACGCGGCGGCGACUCCGGCGACGCGACAUCGGCGAUGCUCCUCGUCGACGGCGAGCCCGUCUCCGCCUCCGCCUCCCCCACCUUCGGCUCCUCCCGCGGGGUGCGCCUACUUGGUUGUUGGAGGGAUUUCUUCCCACCCCGUCUCUCACCCUCCCGAUUCUUGCAGGGGAGCGGCGGGAGGGAGCUGGUGGCGGCGCUCAUGGGGAACCCCGGGCUCCGCGCCGCAUCGGAGAGGCUCAGGGCGGAGCCGGAGAGGCGGAUCUCGUCGGGGCCAGAGGAGGAUGAUGCGGACGCCGCGGCGGCGGCGGCGCCGAGGCACGUGUACGUGUUCCAGCGGGAGUUCGCCACGGUUGAUCCGGCGCGCGUCGAGUUAGUGGGCACAGAUGAGGUGACUACAUGCGUGGGUGUAGUAAUUCGCAACAACAAGACUGGAAUGACCUCCAUUAGCCACAUGGACUUCCCAAAAAUUGUGGAGGGAGGGCUCAAACAGAUGUUAGAAUUACUUGGUGAUGACAAUGCACCGUUUGAUGUUCACCUGAUUGGUGGCUUUGAUGAUGUUUCUACAAAGGUUGUACAUUCUGCUGGAAGGAAGCACAUCAAACAGGAAGGGUAUUCCUAUCCACUAUGUUGCAGGAUACUUGAGGUGUUGUAUAAGUCCCGGCAGCAAUUCCAUCUUCGUACAUUUUGUGUCCUUGGGAGCAAUACCACAACUGAUUCAUACGGGAAUACACGGCCAAUAAUCGGUGGAUUUGUGGUGGAGACCUCAUCUGGGGCUGUUAAUCCAGCAAGCUUUGAAAUGAAUUCAAGGUGUCCAGAUGAAAUAGUUAGGAGAAUUCGUGUGAGCGUUUCUUCUUAUGAUCCAAAUUGGCAAGGAAGGCUACUAGAGACUUAUGAUACUCACAGUGAUGCUUUUGAAAUUGCACCUGCCUGCUGGAUGCCGGAUUGGGCUGAAAUGGCAUCAUCACUUAACCAGCUAUCGGACUCUGAGGUCUUGUUGCAGUGCUCCACCUCUCCAGCUGCCGAGCCACCACAUUUUGUGGAAAAUGAGAGAAGGAUAUGGAGAUACUUGAUUGAAAAUCCAUAUUGGCAAGACACAUUUCCGAAAUACAAGCCUCGGGUCUUCCAUAGGACCAGUGAUGGAAGGUGGUCACGUUACUCAAUAGUAUCAUCCAGCUAACAUUGGUGCUCUCUCUACAUGCGGAACAAGGGGAUAUAUACUUCAUAUAUAAUCUCUCCUUUGUUAGAACCUGUGAUAGAUUGUGGUGUGGCAACACAGGAUUUCUUCUGAACAGCGGGCAUCAAUCCCAGUCGAUUCUAGAUUUCUUUCUCCUGUGAGUUGUCCCAUGUAAUCAUCCUUGGAAGGUGAAUGAGGAAUUAUUCAGAUUUUCCCCGUAGACGCACAGAAGUCUCAAGUUGAUGUAUUAGCACAGAACCUGUGUUAGGAUUGUUGAUUGAUAGGCAACAUGGAUGAUGGCAUUCCGUUCUCGUCUCAUAUGCUCCGACCAUUGUUACUUGGUAUUUUCUGAAGGGAACAUUUUUCAUUUUGGCA